AUGACUGUUCUUCAAGCCAAGUUAGAGGUUGCGCUCCAAGGUACUGAAAAUCUGAUUUGUGAAUUUAUUGUAAUUAGUUUUUCAGGCUACAUGUACAGUAGACUUCUAGAUUUUGCUUUGGAAUCUAAAUGUCUGAGUGAAUCAGAACAAAUUAUGUCAUUACAGAUUAAAUAUUGCCACUAUCAGAGAAUUUAUAGACGCUGCUGGUUAGUUUUUAAAAAGGCCUCAAGUAAAGGACCAAGAAGGCUAGAAAAAUUCCCAGAUGAAAAAGCCGCCUACUUUAGGACAUUUCAUAAAGUAACAGAACUGCACAAUAUCAAAACUAUAACACGACUGCCUCGAGAGACCAAGAAACAUGCCGUAGCAAUUAUCUUUCAUGAUGAGACUUCAAAGACAUUUGCCUGUGAGUCAGAGCUGGAAGCAGAAGAAUGGUGCAAGUCUCUAUGUAUGGAGUGUUUAGGAACAAGACUUAAUGACAUAAGCCUUGGUGAACCAGACCUACUAGCUGCUGGAGUGCAAAGGGAACAGAAUGAGAGAUUCAAUGUAUAUCUUAUGCCAACACCAAAUUUAGACAUCUAUGGAGAAUGCACAAUGCAGAUCACACAUGAAAACAUCUACCUGUGGGAUGUUCACAAUGCAAAAGUGAAGUUGGUUAUGUGGCCUCUGAGCUCUUUAAGAAGAUAUGGAAGGGAUUCCACGUGGUUUACCUUUGAAUCAGGAAGAAUGUGUGACACGGGUGAAGGGCUAUUUACAUUUCAAACAAGAGAAGGAGAGAUGAUCUAUCAGAAAGUCCAUUCUGCAACACUGGCGAUAGCUGAGCAGCAUGAAAGGCUUAUGUUAGAACUGGAGAAAAAAGCCAGACUGCAGACUAGUUUGACUGAACCAAUGACAUUGUCCAAGUCCAUAUCCCUUCCUCGGAGCGCGUAUUGGCAUCAUAUCACCAGACAAAACAGCGUUGGUCAAAUUUACAGCUUACAAGGCAAGUGGUUUAAAAAUAAAGCUUUCUGUCAUAAACCUCUGUGGGAACUCUGUUUCUUAAAAUUGGCAUUUUUUGUUAUCUUUUUUGCAAGUGAUGGCAAAUCACUACGUAUUCAGCUCAGGCAAUUUAGAGGAUCUUUGCUCCGAGUUGCAUGCAAGUAA